CUGCGCGGCGUGAGCGGCGCCGGGCCCCCCCGCAGGAGCACCGAGCUCGUCAAAGUCAUGGGCCUCUCCAACUACCACUGCAAGCUGCUGGCGCCCAUCCUGGCCCGCUACGGCAUGGAUAAGCAGACAGGCAAAGCCAAGCUCCUCACUGAGAUGAACCAGGGUGACAUCUUUGACUGCUCCCUCCUGGGCGACCGCGCCUUCCUCAUUGAGCCUGAGCAUGUGGAAACCAUCGGGUACGGCAAGGACCGCUCUGGCAGCCUCAUCUACCUGCACGACACCCUGGAGGACAUCAAGAAGGCCAACAACAGCCAGGAGUGCCUCAUUCCUGUGCAUGUGGAUGGCGACGGCCACUGCUUGGUGCACGCGGUCUCACGGGCACUCGUCGGCCGUGAGCUCUUCUGGCACGCUCUGCGAGAGAACCUGAAGAAGCAUUUUGAGGAGAAUCUGAGUCACUACAAGGCCCUCUUCCAUGAUUUUAUUGAUGCAGCGGAGUGGGAGGACAUCAUCAAUGAAUGCGACCCCUUGUUUGUUCCCCCAGAAGGGGUGCCAAUGGGCCUGAGAAACAUUCACAUCUUUGGGCUGGCCAACGUGCUCCACCGCCCCAUCAUCCUGCUAGAUUCGCUGAGCGGCAUGCGGAGCUCCGGAGAUUAUUCCGCGACAUUCCUUCCUGGGCUGAUACCCCUCGAAAAAUGCAUGGGGAAGGACGGCAUGCUGAACAAACCCAUCUGCAUUGCGUGGAGUAGCUCAGGACGAAACCAUUAUAUUCCCCUAGUUGGAAUAAAAGGUGCUGCUUUACCAAAACUGCCUAGGAAGCUGCUCCCUAAAGCCUGGGGAGUCCCUCAGGACCUCAUCAAAAAGUACAUCAAGUUAGAAGACGACGGUGGAUGUGUUAUUGGAGGAGACAGAAGCCUGCAAGACAAGUACCUGAUGAGGCUUGUUGCUGCAAUGGAGGAGGUUUUCAUGAGCAAACAUGGCAUUCACCCCAGUCUCGUGGCCGAUGUGCAUCAGUAUUUCUACAGAAGGACUGGUGUGAUAGGAGUUCAACCCGAAGAAGUAACUGCGGCCGCCAAGAAGGCGGUGGUGGACAACCGCCUGCAUAGGUGUCUCAUCUGCGGCGCUUUGUCAGAGCACCAUGUCCCUCCAGAGUGGCUGGCCCCUGGCGGAAAACUCUACAAUCUGGCAAAAAGUACCCACGGUCAGCUAAGGCCUGACAAAAACUACAGUUUUCCUUUGAACAGCCUGGUGUGCUCCUACAACCCCGCAAAGGAUGUGCUGGUGCCAGACUACAGCCUGAGCAGCUUGACUGCUUGUAACUGGUGUCACGGUAACUUGGUGCGUCGUGUCAGAGAAGACGGAUCUGUCUUAUAUUUGGAUGGAGACAGAACUAACACGAGAUCUACAGGUGGCAAAUGUGGCUGUGGGUUCAAACACUACUGGGAAGGUAAAGAGUACGAUAAUCUCCCUGAAGCUUUUCCCAUAACUCUGGAGUGGAGUGGAAGAGUGGUGAGAGAGACGGUCUAUUGGUUUCAGUACGAGAGCGAUGCGUCGCUGAACAGCAACGUGUACGACGUUGCAAUGAAACUUGUGACCAAGCACUUCCCAGGGGAGUUUGGUAGCGAGAUUCUCGUUCAGAAAGUUGUCAAUACAAUAUUGCACCAAACUGCCAAAAAGAACCCCGAUGAUUACACCCCUGUAAACAUCGAUGGUGCCCAUGCGCAGCGAGCCGGUGAUGUGCAGCAAGGGCAAGAGCUGGAGGCGCAGCUGCCAACCAAAAUUAUUCUCACUGGGCAGAAGACAAAAACUUUGCACAAGGAGGAGUUAAAUAUGAGUAAAACUGAAAGAACUAUUCAGCAGAACAUAGCAGACCAGGCUUCUGUAAUGCAGAAACGGAAAAGUGAAAAAUUAAAACAAGAUCACAAGGGGCAACCUAGGACUGUUUCUCCGGGGGCCGGGCGAGAUGGGCCAUCGUCUGCCCCUGCUACCCCGACAAAGACCCCUUAUUCUCCAACUUCGACAAAGGAAAAGAAAAUUCGGAUAACGACAAAUGAUGGGAGGCAGUCAAUGCUUACCCUAAAGUGCACGACCACAUACUUGGAACUACAGGAAAGCAUAGCUAGAGAAUUUAACAUUCCUCCAUAUUUGCAGUGCAUUCGCUAUGGCUUUCCUCCGAAAGAGCUUCUGCCCCCCAAAGAAGGCAUGGAAAAUGAACCUGUGCCUUUGCAGCACGGUGACAGAAUUGCUAUAGAAAUCCUGAAAGGUAAAGAAGAGGGCAGCCAGGCCACGUCCACGCACUCAGCCCAUGCUGCGAAACACGACGAUGCUGCUGUGACCAGUAAAAUCUCAUCGAAGGAACUGCAAGAGCAAGUUGAUAAGGAGAUGUAUUCUCUGUGUCUUCUGGCAACACUGAUGGGAGAAGAUGUUUGGUCUUAUGCAAAGGGGCUUCCUCAGUUGUUUCAGCAAGGUGGAGUGUUCUACAGCAUAAUGAAGAAAACCACAGGUCUGGCUGAUGGCAAGCACUGUACUUUUCCCCAUCUGCCUGGUAAAAACUUUGUGUACAAUGCAGCCGAAGAUAGAUUGGAGCUGUGUGUGGAUGCUGCUGGGCACUUCCCUAUUGGUCCUGACGUUGAAGACUUGGUUAAAGAGGCCUUAAGUCAAGUACGAGCAGAAGCUGCUUCAAGGAGCAGGGAAGCCAGCCCUUCUCAUGGAAUGCUUAAACUGGGGAGCGGAGGAGUAGUAAAAAAGAAAUCUGAACAACUGCAUAACGUAACAGCAUUUCAAGGGAAGGGCCAUUCCCUGGGAACUGCAUCUGGUAGUCAACAACACGAUCAAAGAGUCAGGGAAACACCACUUUUAAGGAAGCAUAGCACAGAAACGGACUUCAGUCCUUCUGCUAAAGCUGAGCCUUCUCUGUUCACAGCGGCUUCUGGUAACAGUGAGCUUAUCCGAAUAGCUCCUGGAGUCGUGACGAUGAGAGACAGCAGGCAGCUUGACCCCACUUUGAUUGAGGCACAGAGAAAAAAGUUGCAGGAAAUGGUCUCUUCUAUUCAGGCUUCAAUGGAUAGACAUUUGCGGGAUCAGAGUACAGAGCAGUCAGCUUCAGUCGGGCUAUCUCAAAGGAAAGCAGAGGCAGCGAGUUCCACUGCUAAAACUGGGAGCUUUCAGGCUGGGUUGUCCGAAUCGUUUCCUGCACCGAGUGGCACUGAACACUUGAACACCGAAUCAACUGCUGGUAACAUGGUGAAUUCUGUGGGAACAGCAUUCCCUGCGAGGUCUAAAGCACAAAAGGGAAAUUCUGUUGAGGAGCUUGAGGAGAUGGAUAGUCAAGAUGCAGAAAUCACUAAUGCAACUGAGCCAAUGGAUCACUCUUGAUAGGUUAAAAUCUAAUAAGGGUAGAAGAAAUUACUGUUCAAAUGUAAUGUUUAUUGGCUGGGCCACACAAAGUGAUUAGUUAUUAAAUCUUGUAUGUAUGUCAAAGAUUAUAUCAUCUUAUUCAGUGCAUGAUAAGCAAGUGUGUGAUUGGCAAUAGCUUUCAAUAUUACCAUACUGCUGCCCAGGCUGGCUCUGUUACCUGUAAAUUAGUUAUUAGGAAAUGCACUGAGAUGAAUAUCUGCUGUAACUGUGGGUUAUUGAAAGUUCUCUGUAAUUUGUGAUUCCAUAAAAGUCUUAAGAUUUAAGCUCAUGUGAGGUUCUUACCAUGCUAGUUCAAGGUUACUGGAAAGGUUAGAACAGGCAAAACUAGCAACAUGACAAAGUUGAUCCUGUCCCAGGUAUUUAAUUCCACUCAAAAGUAUACUAUACAUAUGAAUGAUACAUAAAUUUCCAAAAGCAACUCAAACUGUGUGCUAAAUUUUAUAAUGCAGUGUAUACAAAAAGCAUUAAUUACAUUGUGCUGGCACUUCCUCCCAUUUAAAAAUCCUUUUCAUCGAUAGAACUGUGUGCGCUUGUCAGAAAUCUUGGAAUAGGUGUAACUAUAGUGAACUCUCUAAUUUCUGCAUAGUGUCAGUUUAAGCAAGUUA